GAUUGUUGCUAGGCAACGCAUGACCAUGACAACGAGGAAAACAAACCGCAAAUUGGUUGAAAAACGUCUGUCAAAUCCUGUUUCGUUUUUUUUUUACAAAAAAAGAGGCGGAUGUAUUCAUUUUAAUGUAUAUAUUCAGUGUGACAAAUUGUGUGUUCAGUUGAAGCGUUCAGAUUGACAACCUUUUCAAACCUUCUGUGUGGAUGUAAAAUGGCAAAAAACUAUGGAUCACUUGUCAAGGAGGCCAUUGUGCUGCUCGACAAGUACACCGCUAGCAAACACACCACAGAAGACUUUACUGAAGAUGCUACCAAAAAUCUGAAGGGUCUGGAGGCUCAGGAUAAGGAGUUCCUGAUUGUUGUGGUCUCAGGAUGUAUUGAGCAUAAAAAAUUAUUGGACAUAGUCAUCGACCCCUUCUAUGCUCACAAUCCAAAACACAUACCUAAACAACAUCGCAGCCAACUUUCAGUGAUCUGCUACCUCACCAUAUUUCACCUUGAUGACCUCGGACUUCAGGUUUACAGCAACAUUGUCAGCUGCCUGGACUUUAGGAGCAUGCACACUUUCCUCAGUUUCUUCUUUGAACACCUCACCACUUGGAUACAAGAUGAGUGGACUAGCAUGUACAAUGCUGAAUAUGUGAUGGCGCACUGGAUUGAUCCUCUGCUAAGAAGGCGCUCUAAAAUUGAGACACUCUUGGAGAAGCUUGAAGCUAGAGAGAGGGGAGAGAGGGCUUCACCCAAAACUACAGAGCCAGUGGAAUUCUCUUUUUCAAAAUGUAAACCACAUUCUCCACCUCAGCCUACACUCAGCCGACCACCGGAAAAACACAGAGCAGUACCAAACAGCACAUACAAGAUUGGAAAAGAUGUACAAAUAUUAGAAGAGAACAAGCAAAGGAACCAUCAAAAAAUGGAGGAUUUGCUGCAUGAGGCAACUACAACAUCAUUCAGAUGUGCAAAUCCCCAAAAAUCUGACAACCUAGAGAAAGUAAUGUCCCGGAUGAAAGAAGAGUUGGACUCAAAGCUCAAGUUCAAUUCAGGACACAGAUGUCAGCCUUCUCCUGUUAAGAAAAAGUGGCCAGUGAAACUCAACAGUGCCACCAUCCUGCGACAGAGGGCGCUAUAUGACCGCAAGGUGGAGGAGGAGCUUCAGAGAUUAGAGACGCUGGCAGAGGGAGCGCACGAGCCUUCUUCUUUUAAUCAAUGGCAAAAAGAAAUGCGUGAAAAAGACCAACAGGAACGGUUGGCAAAGAUUGACCAGAAACAUGCAGAAAUCCUGCUUGGCCAAUAUGAGAAAAUCAUCAGCCGCACAAAAGCAGUAGAACUUAAAAAGAAGGCUGCUCGGCUCAAAAAAGAAGAGGCAUCUGAACUGACUCUGAAAAGGGACCAAAGAAGGUUGCAGGAGGUAAAUGAAAAGAGAGACUUAGUGCAACAAGUAUCGGAGAACUGUAAAAAGAACUCCAAAGAAGCUAAAGAGAUGAUGAUGAAGUUCAAGCAGAGUGUUGGUAAGCACGCUACACACUGUAACACCUUAUUUCAAAGCGUAACAAUCAUUUGCUUUGGGGUUCCUAUUUGAGACAAUCAUUUU